GUGCAGGAUAUUCUAUGCAAACCCUGCGUGACAUAGCCAAGUGGUUCCUUCCACGGUGGGUGGGUCCUUGCUGCGGCGAACUGAAGGGGGAUCAAUGAACUCAGCUGAAUGUACUAGUCGGGCGAUCGAAGUUAAGAUUGAUCUUGGAUACAUUGUUAUCUUUCCCUGGCAUAGCGAUUAUUUCGGUGACGAAUACACGCAAGAAUAAGGAUUACAGUGGAUCGCUUCGUAAUAUUUAGCUGUAUGUUGCAUUUAGCUCCGAUUCACAACUUUACUUAACCAGGCUUGUGGAUACAAAUACAUAAAAUAAACGCGGGGUGUUGGAGAAACUGAAAAUAAAAUUAGGAUGAUUUUUUCAAAUACGGUAAACCCAGUCAGGACUACGUACCGCAAGCAGCCCCCAGCUGUGCCCUCCGGCCCACCCAUGGCCCCCCCCAGCCCCAGCAGCAGCGCCAACCACAGCAGCAGCAACAGCAGCACGGCGGGCUGGGAUCAGCUGAGCAAGACCAAUCUGUACAUCCGGGGUCUGCCGCCCGCAACCACUGACCACGACCUGGUCAAGCUCUGCCAGCCGUACGGGAAGAUCGUUUCGACGAAGGCCAUCCUUGACAAGACAACAAACAAAUGCAAAGGUUAUGGCUUUGUGGAUUUCGAUAGCCCAUCUGCCGCCCAGAAAGCCGUCGCUGCCUUGAAGACCACCGGUGUCCAGGUGCAGAUGGCGAAGCAACAAGAGCAGGACCCGACGAAUCUGUACAUCUCCAACCUGCCGCUGUCCAUGGACGAGCAGGAGCUGGAGAGCAUGCUGAAGCCUUUCGGACAGGUCAUCUCCACGCGGAUCCUCAGGGAUUCUAACGGUGCUAGCCGGGGGGUGGGCUUCGCCAGGAUGGAGUCGACGGAGAAGUGUGACGCCGUGAUCUCGCACUUCAACGGGAAGUUCAUCAAGCUGCCGCAGGGAGGUCUGGCUCCCUCGGAGCCUCUGCUCUGCAAAUUCGCCGACGGCGGACAGAAGAAACGCCAGAGCCAGAGCAAGUACGUGCAGAACGGUCGUCCCUGGCUGCGGGACGAGGUGAGGCUUGCCGGGAUGACCCUCACCUAUGACCCCACCACCGUAGCCCUGCAGAACGGGUUCUAUCCGUCACCGUACAGUAUUGCGAACCGGAUGAUGCAGACGUCCAUGAGCCCAUACAUCUCGCCCAUCUCUACCUAUCAGGUGCCGAGCCCCUCCUGGGUGUCCCAUCAGCCUUACAUCAUGCAGCACCCGGCAGCAGUUUUUUCGCCCUCUAUGGACCAUGCUAUGUCACUGCAGCCCACGUCCAUGAUGAACCCCCUGACUCAGCAGAUGGGCCAGCUGUCCAUUAGCAGCACCGGCACGUUCAUGCCAGCCAACACAUCUAUUCCGACAGCCUUCAUUCCACAGUACGCCCACAUACAGACUACGGGAGUUCAAGCUGAGGAGAACAGCGGGCAGCAUGCGGUGGAGUCAUCCAGCGAUCACUCUCCUUACGCUUAUCAGCAAACCAAGUAGACUUCAGAUGUACGUGGGAGGCCCACAGGAGGAAUCUGCCCACACAGCUGACGCGGUCCUCGCUUUCGACUUUGGUUCAGCUUUACAAGACAUGUCAGCGGUUUGCACAGGUUCUACAGAGAAUUUCUUUUGGUUGUCUUUUGUUUGUUUUUUUUCAUUUGUUUUAUAACAGGACUCAAUGGAAGCUACUUUGGCAAGAGUUCCAGGAAACGCGAAACAUGCUUAGUUUCAUCAAGGGAUGCUAAUUAAAAAGAAAAAAAGGAAAACAAAAACAUUUUUAUUUUAAUAAAGAAAGAACGUUUAUUUUUUACCAAUUGCCACAUGGACAAAAGGACUUCAAUCAUGGGGGAUUGUGUGAAGUUUGGUGCAUGACAGCAGAGAUGUCUUAUUUUUUUAUCUUUUAUGAUUUUUAAAGCUUUUUGGUUUGUUCUGUUUUAUACGGAGAUCAUUAAUUAGCUAGACAUGUUAAAAUGAGUUGUUUCUUUAUGUGGUUGCUGUGUGAGUGUUGCUAUGGUGAAGUAAGACUCUGUUACGACCCCCGCCCCCAAGAAGACAUCGUCUUUUAGUCCCGGCUAAUCCUACUGUUGUUCGAUUUGCCUUACGUUUUCUAAACAGCUAUGUUUUAAGGCUUACAGAGCAAGGAAAGAACUCUGAAAACAAUUGCCUUGUAAAUUAGCUAAGUAGGACUUUUUUAACAUUGAACUGAAUCCAUUCGAUGUUGCUUGCUGUUUUAUUUUGUUUUAUCCCCUGAUGAUAUCUGCUGAAUAUUAGAAAUAGAAGAUUUAGGAUAGAACAGUAGGAUAGACAUGUUUUGAGUGGCGUUUGAGAAUCUCAUCUUCUUUUGAUAGGGUGUAUUGUUUGUACAAUCAGAAAUUUAAACUUGGCUCUUUUUUGAAUGUGGUAGAAAUUUAUGAACUGAAUGCUGAAUGAUGAACUUUUCAAUCUUCUUUGUUUUAAAGAUGUGUAGUUUUAGGAAAAGGAAAAAAUGUUGCAGUGGGAGUUCUAGGUCAGGGGAGGGGGGGAUUAUUGUCAGAUUGGUGGGAUUGCAAUUUUUUGUGUAUUUGUUCAGUUAAAAUGCAAAUAGACAAACCUGGACUUAUGAUGCAACAACACUCUAACAGAAAGCCUUUUUUAAACUGUGGCAAAAGUUCAUUGUAGUUCAGACUUAGGCAAGUCGCGAGGUGGGAAAUAGACUUUACUAAACUAGCUCUUUGAUAGUAAUAACUAAAAAGCAUGGCACUUUCCAAAAGUUUACUUCACCAAAGAACUGUGAGCUAGCAAAUGAGGACCCGGCGUGAUGCUGUGCUUCGACUUGAAGAUCCGACGUUACUGACGUUCUCCCCCGUCCUCCCUGUUCCCGCCAGCUGCCCUCGCCUAGAUCGCCAUUCGGAGAAUGUGCCUUUUUUGUACAUUUGCGUUCAGUUUUUUUUUUUUUUUUUCUUCUCCUCCUAUCUCGUUAACUUAUGGACACAACAGAAUGAAGGACGAUUUCCUUGAACCAGCGGGGGUCGUUGUACCCUCCGAUUUCAUCACUACAAAAAGAAAGAAAUGCAAUACAUGUGUUCGGUGCAAAAAAAAACAAUGGAGGAAGAACAGACAGCUUGAUAUAAGGAGAACAUGUUUGAUGGCAAGCAGGUCAUUCGGUUUGAAAUCGUAACAUUUCAAAAAAGGCUUUAAAUUGAGUUGUCUUCCACCAGACUAUGUUGUGCCCUGAUCUUUGGUCUGGCUGACCAGUUAUCUACCUCAGACUUCUUUUUGCCAUUCUUUAGCCCCCCCUCUCCUUUUGUAUUGGGUCGGGCUUGCAGGUCCAGCCCACCCCCAUUCUACACACACAUACACGCACACACACACAUACACGCACGCACGCACACACACACACACACCAUCCUCUCCCAGACUAAAAGCUGAGCUCAGGAGCUAGCUAUAUAAUCUCUUUUCUACCGCCCCCACUCGCGCCUGGUACCCCCCCACCCCACCCCACCCCCUUCCCCAGAACAUGGUUAUCGUCGUGCGCGGAGACGUCGUGCGCCAGCCGCCACUGUCUGCAGGGCGGCCGUCCGCAGGGCCGCCGCUGUCUGCAGGGCGGCCGUCCGCAGGGCCGCCGCUGUCUGCAGGGCGGCCGUCCGCAGGGCCGCCGCUGUCUGCAGGGCGGCCGUCCGCAGGGCCGCCGCUGUCUGCAGGGCGGCCGUCCGCAGGGCCGCCGCUGUCUGCAGGGCGGCCGUCCGCAGGGCCGCCGCUGUCUGCAGGGCGGCCGUCCGCAGGGCCGCCGCUGUCUGCAGGGCGGCCGUCUGCAGGGCCGCUUUCCCAGCUGGAAGCAGAGGGGUCCUGCUUGUCGCGAAGCAGCCGCCAGGCACCCGAGAGGCGUUUUGCUGCUAGUUGUGUCUGAAUCAAGUGCCACACGUCGUCUGGGUCCAGAGUUUGAAGAGGAAUUUGGGAAAGGAAUGUGCAUUUAAUCAACCAUCUUGUACUAGACAGCCAUUAAAUUAUAUUAAAAAAAAAAAAGUAAUAAUUUAUGAAGAAAGAACUUUUGUACAGACUGUUUGAAGAAAUUUAAAAAAAAAAAAGAUUUUCAUAGAUGUCUAUAUGAUCAAGAGGAUUUUUCGUUCUCUGGACUUUGCCAGAGGCAGCCUGUCUUUCCAGUGACACGACAGACUUUACUCUGUUUUUCUUUCUAGUCUUGGUUACAGCCAAAAAGACAUUUUAACUGUAAAUUUGAUUUUGAUUUAAGUUUAUUUCUGUUAAAUUUUGUUGAAAUGUUUGAAUAAAAUCUUGUUGGACCUA